CUCACCUACCCGUUCUAGAAUUGUCUCCGACGGCUCCAUGCUUCGGUCUGUGAAACGGGUGAAACGGUACGUCACGAGAAAGGAAAACACGCGAUGUUUGGACGCAAACUGCAUCUGUCGUGAACAUUAGGGAGUUAACCGUUUAGGUUUCAGUUAUUAUUUCAGGAGCUAACGCAAACACUAUCCAUAUCGUGGUCCAACGAGGAAGUUUAAUUGCUAAACAGUGGAGAUGCAGCCUGCAACAGCCAAGUGGUAUGACAGACGAGACUCUGUUUUUGUAGAGUUCUGCGUGGAGGACAGUAAAGAUGUAAAAGUACAUUUUGACAAGUCCAAAUUUGAUUUCAGCUGCAUCACUGGAACAGAUAAGAUCAAACAACAGAAUACUGUGGAACUUUUCGGGGAGAUUGACCCCAAAGGCUCUAAACACAGGCGCACUGACAGGUCUGUGUUGUGUUGUUUACGAAAAGCAGAGGCUGGAAAAUCAUGGCCACGACUUACCAAAGACAAGUCAAAGUGCAACUGGCUGAGUGUGGACUUCAAUAAUUGGAAAGACUGGGAGGAUGACUCAGAAGAGGACUUGUCAAGUUUUGAUAAAUUCUCAGAGAUGAUGAACACAAUGGGAGGGGAUGAUAUACCUGAUUUAGAUGGUGCAGAAGAAGAGCAUGAUUCUGCAGACAAUGACGAUGAAAAAAUGCCCGACCUUGAGUAGAUGAACAUGGAUGCCACCUCAGUAGUAAACAAAGCAAGUUAAAAGUCGGUUGAAGAGAGAGACUAGACAUGAGUUGGCAGCCAUGUUGGAGAAGAGUCCUCAUCACUCUACUCAGUUUCCAAAGCGAAACCCCUCAAGGGAGUGACUGUUGGAUACAGACAUGCACAGAGAUCCAUAGCGACAUACAGUGCUGUGCUUUGCUGUUCUGUUCUGCAUGGACAAUUCUGUUGAAAGGAAAAUGUUAUUGUUCAUUGACUUAAAUGACUGUAAUGGGAUGUGUGAUGUCUUACACCUUCUCUCUCUCUUUCUGUUUUUUGCGAUGUCAGGUUAUGUAUUAAACAUUGUAAUUUCUAAUGAAAAAAAAAAACCCUCAAAACGCCUAUUUUCCAAAAAAGUAGAUUUUUUUUUUAAUGACAGAUUUUCCCCUUUUAAUGUUUGUAUUGUAAAAUGCACUUAUUUUGUUCAUUAAUUAAAAAGCAGGCGUUCUGCUUGAAAUGGUUUUUCCAAUGUAUGCCAACAUCUGCACAUAUUUAACAAUGAUUUCAUUUUUGAACAUUUCAGCAUUUAAAAUAAACAGAUAUGCUUGUGCAAUUUACAGCUUUUGUUGAGAGUAUGAUAGAGUGGUACAAUCUUUGCAUAUAAUCAUACCAUUUGCAAAGUUGAGUUUUGUUUCUCUAUGCCAGUGUACAAGACAUUGUAGCAGGUACGAUUAAUUCUCUUCCAUAUGCAUACUGAGGUGAAGGCAGACAUACUGUGUAGUCUAACAAGAGUUUCCAAAUAGUUCAAUACAGGUUUUAAAUGUUUGUUAAUCAGAUACACUACAACUAUGCUUUGGAGGCUUGUGUGUUUGAUUCAACAUGUGUUGAACACUUCCAUUUGUCUUAUGCUGUGGGAGUUUGGGUAUGCAUUUCUAAUAAACUGUUUCAGAUCAUUGAA